UUUAGUCCAAGCAUGAAUGAUAAAACUUUUCAUAGGGGAAUGCACAAUUUCACGUCAAAGUUUAACCAAAACCCUCUCUUCAGCUUCUCUUCGUCUCCGUUUGAAUUCUGAUACAAACCUUCCCUUUCUUCCCUCUCCAUACUUCAGAUAGCCUCAAAUAUGAAGAGGCUCGCACGUGCAGCCCCGCACGUGCUGUGGACCAGAAAUGUCUCCACUGCCGCCCAAUCUGAACCCAUGAUCCAUCAAGACACAGUGACCCAAAUCACCAGCAUUCUCAGCCGCAACAACUGGCAGCUCCUAAUGGACUCCCCUGACAUAGCAACGAAGCUAAACCCAGAUAUAAUCCGAUCCGUUAUCCACCAAAAUCGAACCACCUCUGAUCCGACCCGACUCCUUGGAUUCUUCAUCUGGUCUCAACGCCGAGUGGGUACUACUCAUCAACAGGACUUAGAUGUUUAUUCUCUUCUUGCUAUUAUCCUUUGUAAGUCUAAAAUGUUUGGCCCUGCAAGCUAUGUUUUUGAGCUUAUGGUAAAGAAUUUUAAGCUCCCUUUUGAUAUUUUGGGUUAUCUCAGUAGUUAUUGUAGAGAAUUUGAUGUGAAGGGUGACGUUAAAACUUCAAUUUUUGAUCUGUUGAUUACUAGUCUUAGGAAAAUGGGGUUCCUUGUUGAAGCUUCUGAUGUGUUUUUAUCGAGUAGUUUUGGAAAAGGUGAAAAUUUUGUGCCUAGUUUGUGGUGUUGUAAUGGUUUCUUGAAGGAUUUGUUGAAAAGAAAUAAGGUGGAGUUGUUUUGGAAGGUUUACAAUAGGAUGAAUGAGAUGAAGAUUGGUUUCGAUGAGUAUAGUUAUGUUAAUGUGAUGAACGCGCAUUUUAUGGUUAAGAAUGUUGAGGAAGCGAAGAGGGUUUUCUGGGAUAUGGAGGAGAAAGGUUGUAGUCCUAGUUUGGUGAGUUUUAAUGUGGUUGUUCGUGGCUUGUGUAGAGUGGGGCAUGUUGAUGAUGCUAUUGAGAUAAAGAGAGCUAUGAUUGAGAAGGGGAUGGUGCCUGUUGUUUAUACUUAUAUGAUGCUUAUUAAUGGAUUAUGUACGGACAUGAGAUUGAGAAAUGCUGAAUCGGUUUUAGAGGAGAUGAUUGCUAAAGGUUUGAAGCCUGAAGCUGCUGGUUUCAAUGCUCUAAUUGAUGGAUUUCUUAAACAGGAUCAUGUAGUAGAGGCUUUUAGAAUCAAGGAUAAGAUGUUUGCUAGUGGAAUUCAGUUAGACCUCACCACAUAUAAUGUUCUUCUUAGUGGUGUUUGUAAGUCCGGUAAUAUAAAGAAGGCAAGGGAAAUCAUGAAUGAGAUGGAAAGAUUGGGUAUCAACCCUAAUUUGAGAAGUUAUGAUUUGUUGAUUAAGGGUUAUUGUCGAGAGGGUGACUUACAUAGUGCUUUUAAGUUGCUUGAUGAGAUGAAGAGUAGAAACUCGGUACCAACAGCAAAGACUCAUGCUGUCUUAAUUAAUGAGUUGUGUCGUUAUGGAAAUAUUAAAAAAGUGAAUGCUGUUUUGGGCAAAAUUUUUAAGGAGACUGUGAAGCUAAAUGCCUUUGCUUGCAGAAAUCUUAUUUUGGCUUACACAAAGGAAGAUAGAGUCAAAGAAGCAAGAGGGAUUUUGGAGAUAAUGAAGGACCAAGGGGUUCCACUUGAUAUAUUGUGUUAUAACCCAAUUAUAAUAGGCCUCUGCAAAGCCAGAAGGAUGGUAGAAGCAAGGACAUACCUGGAUGAAAUGUUUGGGAGGGGAUUAAAACCAGAUGCGUACACAUAUGGAGCUUUCAUCUCUGGGUAUGGUCGGAUGGGGCAGAUGCAGCUAGCUGUUAAGUGUUUCAAUGAAAUGCUUGGUUGUGGUCUGGUGCCCAAUGAUCAAACUUACAAAGCACUGAUUGAUGGACACUGCAAGAAGGGAAACAUUACUGAAGCAUUAUCUGCUUCUAGGUAUUGGCUUUUACAAGGGAUUCAACCAGAUAUUUUAAUUUACAGUAUGCUCGUAAGUUGCUUCACCCGGAAUGGAAAACAACAAGAAGCACUGGAGAUCUACCAAGAACUUUAUGAGAAGGGUUUGUUUCCUGAUGCUCAUGCUUGCAACUCUCUCCUUACCAGUUUAUGCAAACAAGGUAAGGUAGGAAAAGCUCUUCAACUUUAUGAGGCAAUGUGUGCCAAAGGCAUUGAUCUGAAUGUUGUUACAUAUAAUUCAUUGAUUAAUGAGCUAUGCAGAGUAAAAAAUAUGGAGAAAGCAAGACAACUCUUCCUAGAGAUGCAGGAAAGAAAUCUAAUCCCACCGUCUUCAACUUUCACUUUAAUUUUAAAUGGCUACAAUAAAGCUGGGAAUAAAACUGAGGCUUUUUCUCUGUUUCAAGAGAUGGUGGCCAAGGGAAUUAAACAUGAUAAGGAAACUUAUUAUGUAAUGAUUGAUGCUUACUGCAAAGAAGGGAACUUAAUAGAGGCCUUGAAGUUGAGGAAUAUAAUGCUGGACAAUGGUAUGCCGAUGAGUGAGACUGCCUAUGUUGCUCUAAUAGAAGCCCUUUGUAAAACAAAAGACUUUUCUGAAGCAUUGAUUUUACUUAAUGAAGUAGGAGAGUCUGGACUCAGCCUCAGUACAGCCACAUGUAGUUUUAUAGCUUCCGAUUUUAACAGAGCAGGUGAAAUGGGCAAAGCUGCACAAGCAUUAGAGCACAUGGUGCGGUUUGGAUGGGUUUCAAACUCCAUGUCUUUAGCAGGUCUACUUGAUUGGAAAUGCUAUUCACACAAUGCUCAAAGACAACAACAAUCUUAUGAGGCGUGCCAUUAAAAGUAAACCUCUAUUGGGCUCGCUGUUCUGUUUCCACUGAGUGGCUCCUUAAUAUGCUUGAUUCUACUGCCUGGUGGCAAGUUUGGACUUGUGAAAGGUUUUCUUGUAUGCAAGGUGCACAAGAAAAAGAAAAAGAGGUACACUGUUAUGUGCCUUUUCUAGUUGUGGGAAAAGCCAUACCUGAGCUCAACUGUUACGCUUUCUACAGGUGGUCCAGGUGAUGAUUUAUUCACAGUGCAAUUAAUUGCAUUUUUCAUCUUUAUCUCUCACAGAUGAUAGUACAAGUUAUUGUUUCCCCAUCUAUGUGGGUAAGCCAGAAAGGGCUUGUUAGGAUUUAGUCUCUUGAAUAAAUUACUAAUUUCUUAAAGUUCAUUCUCUUCUGGUACAGAAGAUCUAUAUGGGAAAAGAAAACACAUCGUACAUGCUCAUUUCAUUGUUAGGGAUAAAUUAGAAAAAAGAACUUCAAAACCUUAUGAUAUCAUAUCUGUGAUUUAUACGUGGAUUUUUUUUUUUUUUGGUGUUUAAGAGUGUUGGACCAUAUUAAUUACACCCUUUUAUUAUUAGUGUUUAUUGAGGAUGAUUAUGGCUGCUGUAGUAUGCAUCCUGGAAAAACAGUCUGUUUUAUAACUGAAAAAGUGAGAGUUGUAAUGGGCUGUGAUAAGCGGUUAAGAUGGGCUGGUCUUUUCAGUUUUCAAUUAUUAGCACUGAAGGGAAAGAAAUAGAGAAGAGAAACACUCAGCAUGUCAGAUUGCAAUAUCAUGAAGCUU